AUGCCUUUGAAGCUUGAGACGCUCAGGCUAAACGACGAGGCUCAAAGCGAUGAUUCACAGAAGAUCACACCGAGCCAAACGCAGAUUUGCGACGAUGUUGUGCGCUGGUGGAAGGAAGAACCGGCAGCAGAAGAUCUACCGAUCAAUACAUUGUACGAGCAGUUGAUUCGACGACGUCAGAACUGGUCAUUGAGCCAGGAAGAACUUUACGAUGCUUUGAAAUCGCACAAACUAUACGCUCAAGAGUUGAACGAAUUGGACACUUACUCGGACCAAAUCAGCAGCAGCAAGCUUUCCGACGAGGAUAUGCGCAAGCUGAACAAGCAUAUGAUGGAGAAGGUUUCCAUUGUCGAAACGGAUUUCGGGAAGGGUCUGGUAGCGACGCAGGAUAUACGCAAAGGGACGUUGGUUUACUUUGAACCAAUACCUUUAAGUGUGAUACCGCAACUGGAUAAGCAACCUUUGGUAGCGCGGGGGAAAUGCUGUGGGUUGUGUUCUGCUUUUACCAGCAUGUCUCCACAGUUGAUCAUGAAGAACAACCUUGACUGUAGCAUGUGUGAGACCAUCUGGUGCUCGAAACAGUGCAAGACGCUCGACGUCACGCAUUCUGUAUUAAAGCACGCAACCUCAAGGAACCAUUUGUGUAAUACGGUGAACUGGGCCAAAUUCGAGGCGUUUUGUCUGAAAGAGAGUCUGUACAGCAUGUAUGCUGUCGGUGUGUUGUAUGCAAGACAUUGUCUACAACCGAACUCUAACCUGUGGGAGUUGUUCACUUCGCUAUGUUCCGUUAGCCAGCAGGUUCGUUGGCAAGCUUCGGAUUCUUUGAACGUUGGUGGGACCUUUGAUGCUUCGUCGAACGGGAAAACGGCUAGUGGCUCGCCAGCACCGGUAGAUUUGCAAACACAGUCGGAGGUGGCGUACGAAAUGUUUACCAAGGCGUUCCCGAAAUGCGAAAUGACGUAUGAAGAUUGCUUGAAGCUUACCGGGACCUUCAACUUGAACCAGAUUAUGGACCAAUUGUAUCCACUCACCUGCCACAUAAACCACAGCUGUGAGCCUAACGUCAGAAUAGAUGCAAAGAACAAGUUCGGUCUGAACGUCUAUGCCAGAAAAGAUAUAAAACAGGGCGAGCAGCUAUUUUUGACAUACGUAAACCCAUUACACGGUGUGACAUUGAGAAGAAGAGAGUUGAGGGUGAACUACGGGUUUUUGUGCCACUGUUCGAGGUGUAACCGGGAAUGGGAGAAACGUCAAGAGAUCCUAAAGGAUCAGCACAAUCAUUUGCAUACUUCAGCACUUCAGACCAAGGCAAGAAGAAAAUCCUCAAUGAAGAUGUCCAGGCCUAGUUUGAAGGAGCUUUUGGAAAAUGGCCACGAGUUCGACUUAGAAAUGCCAUCGGAAUACAACCCAAAAAGAAGAACUUCUGUUCGUUUCAAUAGCCAUGUUACCAUGGCUGUGGAGGAAGAAUAG